GCACGCCCACAAUUGGCAAGGCGAUGACGUAGGCACGGCGUCUGUUGUCAAAGGAGAAAAGAUGGCGUCGGUGUCAGAGAUGUACGAUGUCGGAUGGGAAGAAAUGAGAGACAAGUUGCGCAAAUGGAGAGAGGAUAACAGCAGAAAUAGUGAGCAGAUUGUGGAUGUUGGUGAAGAGCUCAUCAGUGACCAUUCAUCUAAACUAGGAGAUGACAUAUGGAUAAUUUAUGAGCAGGUGAUGAUCGCAGCGCUGGACUGCAGUCGGGAUGACUUGGCUCUGAACUGUCUACAGGAACUGAGGAGGCAGUUUCCAGAUAGCCACAGAGUGAAGCGAUUAACGGGCAUGAGGCUGGAAGCUCUGGAAAGGUACGAAGAGGCCAGCAAACACUAUGACGCCAUUCUCCAGGACGACCCCACCAACACGGCUGCGAGGAAGCGCAAGAUCUCCAUCCUAAAGGCUCAGGGGAAGAGCACUGAAGCUAUCCGGGAGCUCAAUGAGUAUCUGGAGCAGUUUGUUGGAGACCAGGAAGCGUGGCACGAGUUAUCGGAGCUCUACAUCAACGAACAUGACUAUGGAAAAGCUGCGUUUUGUCUGGAGGAGCUGAUGAUGACCAACCCUCACAAUCACUUGUACUGUGAGCAGUACGCUGAGGUGAAAUACACCCAGGGGGGGCUGGAAAACCUGGAGCUGUCCAGAAAGUAUUUUGCCCAGGCGCUGCGGCUGAACAACCGAAACAUGAGGGCAUUGUUUGGUCUGUACAUGUCUGCAAGUCACAUCGCUGCGAGUCCGAAAGUCAGUGCCAAAGUGAAGAAGGACAACAUGAAGUACGCUGCCUGGGCUGCUACACAGAUAAAUAGAGCCUAUAAGCUUGCCGGCCGUGGGACCAAGGAGAACAAAUGCUCAAUGAAGGCAGUGGAGGAGAUGUUGGAGUCCAUGCAGAUCACCAUGUCCUAGACGUCCACGCCUUUUCUACCCAUGUGUUGAAAGAACAACAACUUGGAGCAACACGGCAGCUCAAAUAGCCUUGCAAUGUGACCACAACCUGAUCUUUACUGCUGUUUUUAUUUUUUCUUAACCCCUUCAGGUUCGGUCUUGUAAUUGAUUGAGCUUGACACGAACAUUUGGGAUACAUUUCUUUCUCUUAUGUGUUAAGUCUCCCCCACCCAUCUGGAACCUUCAACAGCGAAUCCGCCAGCUUAUUUAAACAACUUUAACAUAGCAUUAACCCAGCUGUGAUUUCCCUGAGCCUGGAUUAUACCUUCUCCCCAUCCCAGGCUGUCUUUCAGGUUCACCUUGAACUGAUAUUGCUAAUUAGCACGUCCACAUCAAGGCUAUAACUUUGUGACGAGGAGAGAUAACAAGCUGUACAGUAGAUGCUAUUUAUAAAGACGAUGUGGAGUCCACACCUGUCGGCACUGAGGUCCUUAACUGUUUCUGUACUGUCUGUAAAUGAAUCCUCUUUAUCUAAUAAAACAUUUUCUCUUCUCUGAUCUAUCAAA